UAUCAGUGUGGUUGUUUUGUUAUUUCUGUAUCUCUGAGACUCCUGUCUGCAUAUACAGCGUCUUUAGCUAGAAAACAGCAUUAACUCGCAGAUUAUCGCACUAACUAGUCGUGUGUUUUAGUGUUCAUAAACGAUGUUUGACACGUAUUCGAUAUGUCUGAUAUAAUAAUAGGCUAAUAGGGUAAUAAUGUAAAUGAGAGUUGUUGAAGGGUUUUGAAAGUGUUAGGAGAAUAGUAUUUGUUAAAGUUAAAAUUACUUAAGGCAGAUGGGCAUCUCAUCAUUUUAUUAGUUAUUUUAAAUGAUUCCGUUUUCUUUGAAUUAGCCUUCAGAGCUGUAAAUUACGGACCUGAGGGUAAUCUGACAACCCAAUAAUAACCGCAAUAUCAUCUGAUACAUUCAACGUUUAAUUUACAAAUGGAUAAGUCGGAGAAUGUGUCCACAUUUUUUUUCUUUUAUGUAACGUUAUAUUUCAUGUCAUUGUUAACGGGUUUGUAAGCUGUUUUGUGUGGUUUAGCAUCCGCUUUAGCAUUUACAAGACUGACGUUACAUGUAAAAGCGGCUUUACGAGAUAAAAUAACUGCAUUUACGUUAUUAAUUGCAUGUCAUUCUUUGUUACAUAGAAACGUAGACUGUGGAAAGUUUAGUGAAAUGUCAUUAAAUCUGUACAGUUGAUCAUAUCUAAAGAGAUUAGCUUAUAUUAAUUUAGCCGGCGUGCUAACACGAAGGACAUCAGGAGGAUUUUACAACGAAACAAUAUUUACUUUAAUUUACGUUUAUUUACUCGUUUAUUUAUUUAUACUUUAACGUAUACAACCAUCGCGGGACGAAAAACAAUACGAGCUGAUAAGGAACUGAUUAACUCAGGAGGCUGCUCUAAGGAUUCUUUCCCGCUCUCUUCAGACCGGGAUCUGUUGACAGUUGGGUGUGACCAGCGGACUGGCUCCACCCCCUCCCGGCGGCAGCGUGCGCUCUCAGCCGCCCCCUUGCACCCCUUGCUCGCCUGGCCUGCGCGACCGAGCCCAUGCCCCCAGCUCCACGCGGCCCUCCAACGCCAUGUGUGUCCCGCACACUAUGGAGGCGGGCAAGCACAGCGCCAGCCAGGGGCAGGGCAGCCUUGGUGGGGUUCCCCUGGAGCCGUUCGUUCACCAGGUGGGCGGCCACACCAGCAUGAUGCGCUAUGAUGACCAUACAGUCUGCAAACCACUCAUCACCCGUGAGCAGCGAUUUUACGAAUCCCUGCCACCCGAAAUGAAGGAAUUUACCCCUGAGUAUAAAGGUGUGGUGCUUGUGUGUUUUGAGGGCGAUUCUGAUGGCUACAUCAAUCUGGUGGCAUAUCCGUACGAGGAAAGUGAGGGACUGGAUCACGAGGAUCUACCCGAGCGAGAUCAACCUCGCCGAAAACACUCUCGCCGUAGCCUACAUCGCUGUGGUAGUGAGCACAAAGAUGACAGACCACCUCAUGACAGUGACGGCAAUGAGAAUCUACAGGAGUUGAAGAGUCCUCUUCUGGAUCUGCAGAUCCAUUCGGACGUUCCUUUCCAAAUGAUUGAUGGAAACAGCGGAAUGAGCUCAGAGAAGAUCAGCCACAACCCCUGGAGUUUGCGCUGUCAUAAACAACAGCUCAGCCGCAUGCGCUCCGAGUCCAAAGACAGGAAACUCUACAAAUUUCUGCUGUUGGAAAAUGUGGUCCAUCAUUUUAGCUACCCCUGUAUCCUGGACCUAAAGAUGGGCACCCGGCAGCAUGGUGAUGACGCGUCAGAGGAAAAGGCUGCCCGUCAGAUGAAGAAAUGCGAACAGAGCACCUCUGCAACGCUUGGUGUGCGUGUGUGCGGCAUGCAGGUGUACCAAAUGGAUACAGGUCAUUAUCUAUGCAGAAACAAAUACUACGGACGCAGUCUUUCCAUUGAGGGUUUUCGAAAUGCGCUCUUUCAGUUCAUGCACAACGGAACGCAGCUGCGCAAAGACCUUUUUGAGCCCAUGCUGAGCAAACUAUGCAGCCUGAAGGCUGUCCUAGAGCGCCAGGCUUCAUACCGCUUCUACUCCAGCUCUCUGCUCAUCAUUUAUGAGGGUAAAGAACCCGAGUCUGUCGAUGCCUGGCAGAAACCUUCAGAACUGCCCUCGGACAAGGAAAAUCAGGCCGCGCCACGUGGCUCUUUAGAGACCCUUCCUGCCUCGGACACUUUUAGCCGCCCUCGGGUGCCAAGUGUGGACGUGCGUAUGAUAGACUUUGCCCACAGUACCUUUAAGGGUUUCCGCGAUGACCAAACCGUCCAUGACGGACCUGACAGAGGCUAUGUAUUUGGACUGGAAAGCCUCAUCAACAUUUUGCAAGAGAUUCAAGAGGAGAACCAGUAGCUGAAAUUGUUUCUUAAUUUGCUGCCCAUUAUGGCCCAUUGAGACGCUUGUCAAACAAAGACAUUUGUAAAAAUCGAUACUGUGUGUAACGUGAGUCUUUCAUACAAACAGAAAAUGGUGGUGACCUCUACAGAAGUUCUUGACUUGCUCCACAGCUGUUAGAACUCAAAUGGCUACCCCCACACAUAUACAUACACACAAAUGUAGGACAUGGAUUUGCUGUUCUUCACAUGGAUUCAUUGCCACCAUGUGGCCACGUGAAGUACUGCAGUUAUGAAACAAAUGUGAACUGCUCAGGGCUUUAGGGUCAGUGUGUGUAUAUAGAGUCUGUGUGUGUGUGUGUGUGUGUGUGUGUGCUUGUGUGCGUGCGCGCGUGUUAGAAUUAGUUUUGCAUAAAGAAAAUUAAGCCUAUAUUUAGUAUGAUAAAGAUGUUUUUAAUUGUAACAUUAUUUUAAUGAUAAUUAAGCUCUCCCUUCCCAUCCCUGCCCAAAAAUAAUUAUCAUACUUAAAUACUGACACAAUGAUUGUAUAAAAUCACCGUAAUGAAUCUGAAGAUGUAUGCAUGUUUAUGUAAAGAAUGUAUCUUUUUUUUGCAUAACAGUAAUGAGCAUGCUGUUUUUGAAAGGAACAUUUACAUUACAAUAAUGUAAAAAUGCAAAAGUAUCUUAAUGAUUCUGAAGAUAGGCUUAAUUUUUACACAUUGCAAAGUAGAUUUAUGUUCUUUUAAAACAUGACCCUAACACUGGGGCUUGUUUUGGGAUUUUUGGGUUGUUUGGGGUCUAUCUAAACAUGCAGUAUUUCAUGGAGUAAUUUAACUUAGAAUGGUUGGUCAAAGCUUUACUUGCAGAAGUUGGGGCAUUUUAAAGGGGUUUUAAACCUCUGGUCAAUGACUACAAAAAGGAUAUUCCUGCCUUAUGGCAGUAGCCAUACAGCUUAGCUGUGUGAAUAUAUCAUUUAUAACAGGUACACAUGUUGCUUUUUUGGUAGCUGUCCUCGUCUGUUCAUUUAGAGGAUCUGUUACAUAUUACUGUGUUUUUAUGCUGUUGGAUAUUUUUCUUGCCUCUUUUCUUGAAGUCUUUCCCAUUUCAAAACUCUUCAGAAUACGGUGGGUUAGUGUAUGUGUAGUAAUUUAGAUAACCCUUAUAUACAAAGCCUUAUUCUGUCUGAAACAACAUAGUUAUCAUUACAGGAAAAAAACUUCAUGAUCUGUAGAUUGUUAUAAAGCCAUUUCAAGAGCAUGUUUUUAUUUUUGUAUGUUUUAAAAUGAUCAGUUAGUUACACAAGUAUACCAGUGACAUUUUAUCCACAAUUAGCACAUGUAGCAACACAGUUUAUGAUAUUCUCUAUGUAGGUGGAGCAUUUAUUGCACUGUGGCGUCGUCCUUUUAAAAUGCACACUUCUUUCUCUGGCAUAACCUCUACCUGCACUUGCAGUUGUCAAAAUAUAAUAUUUGUCUUGUCUUGUAUACAUUGACUUGUGUAUUCAUCAGAUGUGUAUGAAUAAGAAAUUAACAAGACAAAAUAUGGCAUCUUGAUGUGUCUGUAUUUACAUGUGUGAUUAAUCGAUAGCUGGAACUGGGUUGCUUUAGUUUUUUUUGUCCAAAUGUUUACCAAAAUUAUAGCUAUAGCAUUUUAUCCGAGUUUAUAUUACAUGAUUAAUUGCUUAAUAUUAAAAGUAGCACAUGACAUAAUUUCAGUAAAUGUUGAAGGGAAAUGUUUCAGGAACAAAUGCCACAUGUGUGACUUGUCUUCUCACAAUAAAUAAGCAUUGUGCUGCAGUUAUGUUUAAUAACAUUACAAAUACAUAAUUUCUUCCACGCCGACAUUACUAAUAAAAGUGUAGCUGUUUUGUGUAUCUACACCUUUAGUUUGUGCUGGAACAUAAGAAAGGAAGAACUGACGUGGAUGAAGCCAGCUAUGUCUUUCAUACUGUAGAUGUGACAGAAACAAACGUAUCCUGAAAAAGACAUUUUCCUUUUCUCUUUAUUGUUGUUGCAUGAAUGGAUAUACUUCAUAAGAAAAACAUAAUAUGACAACUUUAAAUGUGAGCUAUAAAUAGU